AUGUCUCAAACUAAUACUUCUUUUCAUUCAAAUGAAUUACGUGGUCGUCGAUCACACCCAUAUGUUGCCAUUCAAGCAGUGGGAAGUUGGAAAUAUAUAUCAGUUCAGGGAACAACACUUGCAUGGGAAUCAGGUGCCAAGAUUGUCAAGUGUGAUGCCACCAAGAUUGAUAUAUGUGAAAAGUUUCAAAUGCAUGAAACUGAUAAUAUUCAUGUUGCAUUGGAAGACAGUAGAAGAAAUUUUAUUAGGGUCAAACCAAAUGGAUCAGAGGAUGGAUCUGGAAAUAUUCAAACUUGGGAAAGGUUAAAGUUAAUCCCUGUGAAUGGUCUUUACAAUGCUAUAAAUGAUUACUAUAUCCAAACAUUUCAUGGGAACUACUUGACUGAAGCUGGAGGUAAUCUAUCCCUAACACCACAACCAACUACAAUUUUUAGAGUACUUGAAUUUAUCAAUCCAUUUACCUCAUCUACUGCCUCAUCUUCUUCCUCUUCUUCCACCACAACUGCCUCUUCAUCCUCAACCAAUAUUUAUUCAACGCAAUCAAAACAAUCAUUUAGAAACAAGUACAUGUAUGAGUGUCCACCACACAUCUAUGCCCUGGCAGAAGACACUUACAAGAAAUUAUUAUUGACCAAGGAAAAUCAAUGUGUAAUCAUAACUGGAGAAAGUGGUGCUGGUAAAACGGAAGCAUCAAAAAUAUUUAUGGACUAUAUAUCAUUUUGUAGUAGUAAAAUUAAUAACAAUAAUAACAACGAUAUUAUGAAAAAGGUUAUUGAUUCAAAUGUAUUAUUAGAAGCUUUUGGUAAUGCCAAAACAAUUAGAAAUGAUAACUCAUCAAGAUUUGGUAAAUUUAUAAAUUUACAAUUUGAUGUAAAUGGAAUACCAGUUGGAGCAAAGAUUAAUCAAUAUUUAAUUGAAAAGUCACGUGUUAAUACAAGAGCACAUGGCGAAAGAAACUUUCACAUCUUUUAUCAAUUUUUAACAAAUCAUAAAUUGACUGAAAGGUAUGGUCUGAGUGGAGACUCGUCAAUCUACAAGUGUCUCAGUAAUAGCGAUUGUUUCAAAGUGGACACGAUCAAUGACAAGAAAUUAUUUGAUAAUUUACUCGAUUCUAUGAACGGAUUGGGUUGGAACGAUCAUCAACAAGACGCUAUUUGGAGAGUGAUCGCUGCCAUUUUGUUGAUUGGUAACCUAGACUUUGAAAGUGACACUGAAAAGUCUACGGUCGACGCUGUCGUUGUCUCUACACCAGACGUGUUGAAACGCAUAUGUCUACUGUUGCAAUGUAACCAAGACUCUCUUGAAAAGGCACUCAUCUCGAGAUCUUUGACUACUGGUGCUGGAAAACGUGCCAGUUCGAUUCGUGUACUCUUGGAUUACCAUCAAGCAUGCAAUGCAAGAGACUCUUUGGCACGUGUAUUAUAUGAAAGAUUGUUUGGUCAUAUUUUGGAUCGUCUAAACACCACCCUCAAGCCAAAGGACCGAGUGCAUGUCGAAUCAAUGAUUGGUAUCCUCGAUAUCUAUGGCUUUGAAGUGUUUCAAAACAACAGUUUCGAGCAAUUCAUCAUCAACUAUGCCAACGAAAAACUACAACAACUCUUUAUCCACCUCGUCCUCCGUCAAGAACAGGAAGACUAUGAAAAGGAAGGUAUCAACUGGGUCAACAUCAACUACUUUGACAAUGCGCCCGUCAUUGAGUUGAUUGAAGGUCACCCAGUAGGUCUUUUCAAGCUACUAGAAGAGUCUUGUUUGGUUGGUCAGGCCACUCCAGAGACUCUGAUGAACAAGUUUAAUCAGUUCUUUGACAAACAUCCAUUCUAUCAAUCGUUUGAACAAACAUUGGCCCUUUCACCAUCGUCUCCUCAAUCCUUUGAGACACCAGUUUGCCAAUUCACUGUCAAACACUAUGCAGGCAAAGUAACCUACGACUUGACACACUUUUUGGCAAAGAAUCGUGAUUCUCUUCAUCAUGAUCUCUUGUUGGCAGUUGAAACAUCGAAAAAUGACAUCAUCCACUCGAUCUACUCCAUCUCUGAACAAUUAAAGAUUAGCAACAGCAAAAGAAUGCCAAUGACAUCGGCUCAACAAUUUAAAGUUGCCAUCAAUGAACUCAUCAGUAUCCUCCUAACUUGUCAACCACAUUAUAUUAGAUGUAUAAAAUCAAAUGAUCAAAAGAAAUCAAAUUAUUUUGAUCAUGAAAGAGUUUUAGAUCAAAUUCGAUAUUUAAAUACAGUUGAUACAGUUAAAGUUAUUAAAGCUGGUUUUGCAAAUAAAUGGCAUUAUAAUAGAUUCUUUUCAAGAUUUAGUAUUACCUGUAAUUCUACUUGGCCAAUUUGGGAUAAAUCAAUUAAAGAAGGAGUAGAAGAAAUUAUUAAAAAUUUAAUUUCAAAUGUAAAUGAAAGAAAUCAACAAUGUGUAUUUGGAAGAAAAAAACUAUUUAUCAAAUCGGCCAAGACAUUAUUCUUGUUUGAAAAAAUCAGAGAAGAUAAUUUACCAAAGGCUGUUGUGAUCAUUCAAAAGCUAUGGAGAGGCCAUCAGGCGCGAGUAUGGUUCCAAGCAGAAAAGAGACGUCUACAAGAGGAAAAGGAAGAAAUUCAAAGACAAUUGGCUAGAAAGAGAGCCGUUCAGAGAAUUCAAUCUGUCUAUCAACGAUACAAGAUUCGAUCGUUUAUCAAAAAACUUGGUCAAUGGAUUGAAGGACCCUAUUACAACAAGGGUCGCCCAAUGCCAGCCUUGUGGACAUGUCGUCGUCCAAUCGAUGAUAUGAUGCAAGUUAUGCACAUUACAUGGUGGGCAAAGGUCAAGGUUUCAAAACUGACACUUGAACAACGUGCUCUUGUAAGACAAAAGAUUCUUUGUUUGGACUUGUUUGGUGGAGGAUAUUUGAAAAAGAAACCUUGGGAACCAAAACGUAGAUUUAUGGCAGAUUACAUGUCCAAUGAUAGUAAUCCCAAGAAACAACAAUUUACAGAAGCCAUUCAAAAUCUUUUCCCAAAAGGAGAGGACAAGGAAAUUCUCUUUGCCGACAAUGUCAUCAAGGUCAACAAGAGAGGAAAAUCUCAACUACGUACCCUCAUCAUCACCGAUCAACACAUCUAUAAAUACGAUCCAAAGAAAUACAAAAAGAAAAAAGAAGGACUCAAAAUUCACAUGAUUGUAGCUCUCAGCGCCAGCAACAAACGAGAUACAUUCAUGUCAAUCCACUUUAAACAACCAAUUCGUGACCUCUUUAUCGAUUUGGGAUGUGAAGGUGUUGAAAAGGUUAGUGAAGCAGCAACCAUUCUAGUCCAACAAGUUUACAAGUUGACUCGAACCUCUAUACCCCUCCUCCUAAGAGAACCAGUUACCUUUAACAACAGCCGUGACUCUAGACAUGUUGGUCAAGAUUGGGUUGUAUCAUUCUCACCUUAUCCACGUGGAAAAGAAUCUCAAUUGUGUACAUUUAACAAAGGUAAAGGAAAUGCAGCAAUUGUUUAUUAUCCUCCAGAAUAA